GUUGCACCGUCCAGGCUUAAGUCGUCUUCUCGCUAAGACCAGGCGUAAAUCUUACGCCUAGUCAGUAGCAGGCGUAAAUUCAAAAUCUAGGCAUAUAAUAGCCGUUAUCAUCCGAUAAAUAAUGUUUCUAUAGUAACCACAUAACUAAAGAGAAGUAAAGACAUGGCGCGCCUUAUACACAGGCUUUACAAUGAGCGGGCUUUUAGACGGGAGAGAGUAAUUAGGGACAGAAGCAAUCCAUUGGACAUUUACAAUGAUGAUGAGCUGAUAGAGAGGUUUCGAUUCUGUCGGAGGGAUAUAUAUGAACUUGUUGAAGAGCUGUCAGCCGACUUACAGUACAUAUCAAACCACAACGCAGCAUUGCCACCAGCAUUACAGCUGUUAAUAGCGCUACGUUUUUAUGCAAAUGGUGCGUUUCAAAACAAUGUUGGAGAUAUGAUUAAUGUCCACAAAUCCACCGCAUGUCGGGCCAUCCGCAGAGUUUCAUUGGCACUAAGCCGUCGCCUUCCGCAAUCUGCUCACCUCCCCACUGAGGCCGAGGCUGCGGUGAUGAAACACCGAUUCCGCCGGGCCUCUGGCAUCCCUGGUAUUGUGGGCUGCAUCGAUGGGACUCACGUCAGGAUCCAGGCACCAUCUGAGCACGAGUAUCUUUAUGUCAACCGCAAGGGAUACCAUUCAAUCAAUGUGCAGAUUGCUUGUGACACCAAUUAUAAAAUCUUUAAUUUGGUGGCGAGAUGGCCUGGAUCUACCCAUGACGCACGCAUCCUCCGGGAGAGUGCCUUAUACCAGGAUUUCGAGGCUGGAAGAGUAAACGGGCUGCUUCUCGGCGACAGUGGAUACCCACUGAAACACUGGCUGAUGACGCCUAUAAUUGCUCCGAGGACUGAGCAAGAACGACGGUAUAACACCAUCCACACCACCACUAGGUCACUCGUUGAGCGGUGCAUCGGAGUCCUCAAGCGCAGGUUUUAUUGUCUUCAUGGAGAAAUGCGGAUGCACCCUGAGCGAGUCUGCACCGUAAUAGCAGCGUGCACUGUCCUCCACAACAUCUGUGUCACCAAGAUGAUCCCUCUCCCUAGGCAACACCAUCAGCCGGUGCCGGAGGAAGGUGUCGACCCUGUGGACCAUGCAGGGCAUGAAGAUGUCGGUGGACGACUAGUCCGUACACGCAUAAUUAAUGCUUUAUAAAUGUUAAAAAUAAUUUUGCCAAUAAUCUGCAGGUUGUAAACCAUAAAAAUAAGCCACAAAGAAAUCCCACUAGGUCUAUAAUAAACUUAUUUUAUUUACAUAUAAUUGUCAUUGAUUCAUUGUACACAAUUUGCCAUAAGGCUUAUUUACAGAAAUACAAAAGACCGCCCAUCAUCUUCAGAAAUAGGCGAAGAUGAACUGUUUAUCUGUUGUUGGAGCAAC